GAAGGCGGCUGCUGGAGAGCGGGAUGCAGAACUCCGCGCGCGCGGUGCUGAUGGAACGUUGCUAGUUCGCGGGUCCGGCUGCUGGGGCCCCGGGGGAAUCACUCUGCGCCGCGCGCUGGAACGGGAGUCUGGGAGGCAGGCAGGUCUUCAUUUAAUACACGCAUCCAAAACCCCCAAUCCGUGAACGCAAUGCACAGGAAGCACCUUCAGGAGAUUCCGGACCAGAGUAGCAACGUCACCACCAGCUUCACGUGGGGAUGGGAUUCCAGCAAGACCUCUGAACUGCUCUCAGGCAUGGGUGUCUCUGCUUUGGAGAAGGAGGAGGUGGACAGUGAGAACAUUCCCCAUGAACUGCUCUCGAACCUCGGCCACCCCCAGAGCCCUCCAAGGAAACGGCUAAAGAGCAAAGGCAGCGACAAAGACUUUGUGAUCAUCCGUAGGCCUAAACUCAAUCGAGAGAACUUUCCAGGUGUUUCCUGGGAUUCCCUUCCAGAUGAGCUGCUCCUUGGAAUCUUUUCCUGCCUGUGCCUCCCUGAGCUGCUGAGGGUCUCUGGGGUUUGCAAGAGGUGGUACCGCCUCUCGCUCGAUGAGUCUCUCUGGCAGUCCCUUGACCUGGCAGGUAAAAAUCUGCACCCAGAUGUGACUGUUCGCUUACUUUCUCGAGGGGUGAUCGCCUUCCGGUGCCCGCGGUCCUUUAUGGAGCAACCAUUGGGUGAAAGUUUCAGCUCUUUUCGUGUGCAGCACAUGGACCUGUCCAACUCAGUUAUAAAUGUGUCAAACCUCCAUGGGAUUCUGUCUGAGUGCUCCAAGUUGCAGAAUCUAAGCCUGGAAGGCCUGCAGCUUUCGGAUCCCAUUGUCAACACUCUCUCACAGAAUGAAAACUUGGUGCGACUAAACCUUUGUGGGUGCUCUGGCUUUUCCGAAUCUGCGGUGGCGACUCUGCUAAGCAAAUGUUGCAGACUGGAUGAACUGAAUCUCUCCUGGUGCUUUGAGUUUACUGAAAAGCAUGUGCAAGCAGCGGUGGCGCAUUUAUCAGCAACCAUCACCCAGCUCAACCUCAGUGGCUACCGAAAGAACCUCCAGAAAACAGAUCUUUGUACCUUAAUUAAACGGUGCCCCAACCUUGUCCGCCUCGACCUAAGUGACAGUAUCAUGCUGAAGAAUGACUGCUUUCCAGAAUUCUUUCAACUCAACUACCUCCAACACCUCUCACUCAGCCGGUGCUAUGAUAUAAUACCCGAAACUCUACUUGAACUUGGAGAAAUUCCCACACUAAAAACGCUACAAGUUUUUGGAAUCGUGCCGGAUGCUACCCUGCAGCUAUUGAGAGAAGCCCUUCCUCACCUGCAGAUCAAUUGUGCCUAUUUCACCACCAUUGCAAGGCCAACUAUGGACAACAAAAAGAACCCGGAGAUUUGGGGUAUCAAGUGCCGACUGACUCUGCAAAAGCCCAGUUGUGUAUGAAGUGCUUGCUGCAGGAUGACGUCUCCUCUUCCUUUGCAAUGAGGAGCACAGACAGCGAAUCCACUUGCUGGAGACUGUGGUUACCUUUCCUAUUGGUUUUACCUUAGCCUUCAUUGUGCGUGUAUGUUAGGGAACCAUUUGCAAGGGAAAACUAUGAAGUGUUGCUUUUUCAAGAAUAUAGAGACGAUUCUGUCAGCUGUGUCCUCAGAGCACAAGUGUUAGGUCUUUGGAAAUUUUAGGUGAGCCUAUUAUUUCAAAAUAGCUUUUUAAAGCAAAAUUUGAGCCAACUCUUCCAAGUGCCCUUCAGAUUAAUUCUAUUUAGAAUCAAGUUUUUAAAAUUACCCCUGGCUACCAGUUUUCAUGGUGUUUGUCAUAACUUUUUAUCUAUUUAAUUAUUCAGCAUUUUAUAAAACUUGAUUUUGAAGAACAAUAAGCUAUAUGUAUGGUGGGCUGAAAGGAAAGAAUCAUGGGCUGGAAUGUCUGAGGCCGAGUCUCUUGGGAAUGAACACCUAUCAGCAUUGUGUGUGGGUGUGAAGUCAGUUGAAUAGAAACACGGUCCUGCAUAAUGUACCUUGAACUUUGAAUGAGAAACAGAGAGACACAACCGGAAGGACAGAACUGGAGAGGAUUUGAAGCCUCAAAAGGCUGUUUCUUAAAGUCAGGUUAAUAUGAAGUACUCUGCAGUGGUUUUAGGUACUAUGCUGUGUUCCCAGAAUCCUAAAUUAGGUGAGGAAAUCUAAUUGUGCUUUUUAAACUUUAUAAUCAAUGUAUGUUAUGUGGGUUGUUUAGCUUUUUAAAAUACUCGCUUUGUUUUAGAAAUAUGGUAUUCUAAUCAGCACUCUCGAGAGGUCAGAUAGUUCUGAGCUGAUCUUGUCUGCUGUUUCUUCCUUCUUAGCGCUGCAGUCUUUGUAUAUUACUCUGAAAUCAAGGACUUGAAAUUCUUUUAAGUGGUCUUUCACAAUGGCUUGAAACUGCCCAUUAUGUUACUGGAUCUAAAGUUCCUUAGGCGGAACUGCUGUUUCCUCUCCAUCAUAAAUGCACGAGAAGCAGGUACGUGUGCAGCUUCCAAGCGGCUGGCGCGACUUGCACUUCGCCUUCGUUUUUAAGACUCACGGGGCAUUAAACCUUUUGAUAACAGAUGUAUUUUUUUAACACCUGAUACACAGAAGCAAAAAGAUCAAGUUUUGUUUCUUAGAAAAGGAAAAAAUUAAGGCAAUUACCUCUUUUGAAUACAACAGAGCCGCAACACAUUUCUAUUAACCUUUUCAUCAAAAGAACGUUACUGUUACAAUAAUAAGUGCCUUUACCUGCUCAGACCUAAAGAACAUUUUAAAAGUGUAACACAGGAAUGAUUAUGGUUCAGUUCCCGAGUAGUUUUAAAGUGCUAACUACUACUUGAAACUAUUGUUUACAGAUUAGUGAUGGGCUGCCAGUGGGCUCUGGUGGGACGCUGGCCCAGCUGCCCUCAGACACACACCAGUUCUUCCUUACUCAAGUCCAGCUGGAGCUCUUUUGCCAACAUGUCGCAGUCAUCUGUAUUUUUGUAUGUGAUUUCUACUUUUAUAGACUCAUUUUAAAAUAAAGUACAUUUUUAUAAAAACAA